AUGCCUGAGGUUAUCAGCCUCCUAUCAUCGCCGUUUUCGGAGACGCAUCCAGUCCGUCAGUCGCCCAUAACAUCCGAGCCACUGGCUCGCACAGCUGGCAUCCCGUCUGAUGAUUCAAUUUUCGACUGGGGAGACACAAACCCUUCCAAGAAGCGAAAAUUGAGUUCCCAGCGCGGCCUCAGCCCUCCCAGACAACCUACCCUUUCCCCGGAAAAACGCCCUCUACUCCUAUUUUCUGACUUGGAAGAGAGUAUUAUAUCUUCUCCAGGAACCCAAUUAGACAAUGACUAUAUUUCAACAACGAAAAGCCGUAAAUGGAAUGGCGACAUAUCAGACCCUAUUGAAUUUACAUCAUCAGCCGCGGAUGGGAUAUCCACGCACGAUGGGGGCAACCAUGCAAAAAGAACUCCUGCUAUCAUAACAUUAGACGAUAGUAUAAUAGAAACGGAUGGCCUAUCUUCCCCGGGAUGUCCGCUGAAUAUCCCGUCACCAACUAUUUUGAAAGCCGGUUUGUCCGAUAAAACAACGAAUCUACUCUUGCGGAUUCAAAAUCGUUCGUCGGCUGAACCCAUCCAAUCCAAACAGAGAGUUAGCACCCAUGUGUCCAAAUCAAUACCCUCAAACUCUAGAAUACGAAUGCCAGACCCAAGCCCAACGACAGGUAUAGAUUCGAGCUCCCCUCCGCCAGUGCUUCCAACGUCCAAACCAGAAAGGGCACCCAAGAUGUCCACUACUGGUAGGGAAAUGCGGGAAGCAGAAAGGCGAGCUGCAAUGGAACGCCGCGAAAAAGAGAGGGAAGAAGUGAAAGCACGGAAGCAAAAAUUAAAGGAGCAAAAAGCAAAAGAGAAGCAACUAGCUGCUGACCUCGCAGAAGCCAACAAGCGGAAAUUCGAUAAGAAAAUUUCCACGCCGGAAAUGAUUAUAGACAUGUCGUCUAGCUUUGAAGAAUCCAGCGUUGGCAACCAAGUUACGGAGUACAUGCGACAUCUCGGAGUGGAAAAGCAUUUCGUUUCUACUCGCAUACCAAAUAUCGUUACAUGGAGGAGGAAAGUCACUGCUCGGUAUGAUGAUGAGGCUGCACUCUGGGAGCCUUGCCCUCUGACCAUUAGAACGGAAACACAUGUCCUAUGUCUAUUGUCGGCACAGGAAUUUGUUGACAUGUCGAUAGCAACAGUAAAUAGUGACAAUACCCUCGAUUCCCAUGUCCUCAAAAUAAAACGUACUUAUCCCGGCUGCAAACCAAUUUAUCUCAUCGAAGGCCUAGGCAUAUGGAUGAGGAAGAAUAACCAUUCAAGGAACAGAGCAUACCAGGCAUCUGUUCUUCGAGAAUUAGAAAGCAUCCCCCAACUUCAACAACCGCAACAGCCACCCAAACGCCAAAGAAAGCCCAAACAAGCAGCGCUCCAACCUGCGCUAGUCGAUGACGACACCAUCGAAGAUGCUCUGCUACAGCUCCAAGUGCAGCAUGGAUGCCUCAUCCAGCACACCGCAGCACCGAAUGAAUCUGCAGAGUGGAUUAAGAAUUUCACUGAACAUAUUUCCACGAUACCCUACGGUCAGGAGCUCAUAAAUCUGCACGACGCUUCAUUCUGCAUGGACGCCGGCCAGGUGAAGUCAGGCGAAGAUAACGCUGACACAUAUGUCAAAAUGCUACAAGAGAUUCAGCGUGUAACCGCUCCGAUAUCAUAUGGAAUAGCAUCGCAAUAUCCCACUGUGGGAGAUCUUGCGACAAAAUUGAAGGAGCAAGGGCCCUUACUUCUGGAGGAUGUAAAGAAAUGUGCAAAUAGAAGUGGUGCCCUGACAGAUGCCCGCGUUGGCCCCGCUAUGAGCAAGCGUUUAUAUAAAGUUUUCACGGGCUUGAAUCCAUCAUCAACCGAUAUCUGA